AGUCAAUGGAAGGGUAAAAAUGAGCCCUCCUGCUGGGCGGCCGGGUGAAGGAUUACAUCCAGUGAACUCCUCCCAGAGAGGAGCUACAACCUCUGAAAACACAUCGGAGAUUUAUUGCAUCGUGUUGAAGCCCUCACACGGGACAUUUCUAACACAACUUCAGGAGCUCAUGCUAACCCGGCAGCACUUCCUGGAGAAGGUGCAUCGAUUGUAAAUGUUGAAACAUGGCUCUAGAACUCCACCCUGAAGACCAAACAUCAUCCAUCCAGAGUCCAUGAGUGCAGAACCGGUUCUCCCCAUUCAUCCAGUCCAGUGUGACAGUGGAGGAACCUGGAACACACACCUCUCCUGUCUUUAAAGCAGCGACUAAAGCUUGACUAGUUUACUGAAGGUGGCUCUCUGUGGAGCCAUACUGGCUUCUAUCCACCACUUUUUUUCUUUAGUGUUGGAAAACCUGCAGAGAUGAGUUUGGAUUGGGGAGAGAGGUCCACAAUGGACCUGAUGAGCAGGUGUGUCUCUAAGGAAUCGGGGCAUGGGGUGCCCAAAGAAGGGUGGCGGAUCUGCCUGGCUCAUGAGUUCAAAGAGAAGAGGAAACCCUUUCAGGCGAAAGAUGUGUCGCUGUCCAACGUUUUGGAUCACCUGGGCCUCGGAAUCAGGUAUCUUAAAUGGUGGUACAAGAAGACCCAGGUGGAGAAGAAGGCUCCUUUCAUCGACAUGUUUCGAGCGCUGCCUUUGCGGCAGAUAUAUGGUGCUCCUCUCGGCGGUAUUGGAGGCGGAACCAUUACUAGGGGUUGGAGGGGGGAGUUCUGCAGAUGGCAGCUAAACCCUGGGAUGUACAACUACAAAACUGUUAUCGCCAAUCAGUUCACCGUGUGCUUGCGCCGCGGAGGACAAACUGUUUACCAGCAGGUUCUGUCUGUGGAGCGUCCGCCAACGCUGCAAGGCUGGAACUGGGGCUUCUGCGGGGAGUACGCCUUCUAUCACGCCUUGUAUCCCCGCGCCUGGACUGUUUACCAGCUGCCUGGCCAGAAUGUCACCCUCACCUGCAGGCAGAUUUCCCCCAUCAUCCCCCAUGAUUACAAGGACUCCAGUCUCCCCGUAGCAGUAUUUGUGUGGGACAUAGAGAACAAGAACGACUACGAUCUAGAUGUCUCCAUUAUGUUUACAAUGGUCAACGGAUCCGGAGACGACAACGACAAGAGCGGCGGCCACUGGAACGAACCGUUCCACCUGGAGAAGGAUGGGGAAGCGGUGUCUGGAGUCCUGCUGCACCACUGCACCCCAGUCAACCCUUACACCCUGUGCAUCGCAGCACGAGAGCAGGACAAAAGGGAGGUGAGUCACCAGAUGGCUUUUAGUCCCAAGGGAACCUGCAGCGGCCUGUGGAGCGACCUGAUCACAGACGGAAGGCUGGACUCCCCUACAGGAUCCAGCACACCCACAGAGAAGGGGGAGAAGGUAGCAGCCGCAUUAGCUGUUAGCUGCCCGGUGAAGGCUCAAGAACUUAACAGCCUGGAGUUCUGCCUGGCCUGGGACAUGCCUAAAAUCACCUUUGGCUCCAGGGAGAGGGAACACAUCAGGAGAUAUGCUCGCUUUUUUGGAAGCGAAGGGGAUGCUUCUCCCUCUCUCAGUCAUUACGCGCUGACACACUACAAACAGUGGGAGGAGACCAUUGAGAAGUGGCAGGAGCCCAUUUUACAGGACAGUUUGCUUCCGUCUUGGUACAAGUCAGCCCUGUUUAAUGAGCUGUACUUCGUGGCGGACGGAGGAACCGUGUGGACGGAGCUCUCAGAUGACGCUGACGUCAGUGGCGGCUUGCGAAGUGAGGACGGGGGUCUGCCAGCUCAGCCCGCUCUGGUCAAGGAGUACGGUCGUUUUGCUUACCUAGAAGGUCAAGAAUACAGAAUGUACAACACAUAUGACGUGCACUUCUACGCCUCCUUUGCACUUAUAAUGCUGUGGCCCAAACUCGCCUUGAGUGUGCAAUAUGACAUUGCCGGUAGUGUGGUUCAGCAGGAUCCUACAGAGAGGCUGCAUCUGAUGAACGGCCGGUACUCUCCUGUCAAGACCAAAAACGUGGUGCCUCAUGACAUCGGAGACCCAGAUGAUGAACCUUGGCAGAGGUUAAACGCUUACCUCAUCCAUGACACAGCAGACUGGAAGGACCUGAACCUGAAGUUUGUCCUGCAGGUCUACAGGGACUUCCAUCUGACCCGGGACAGACAGUACCUGCAGGACAUGUGGCCCAUCUGCCAGGCAGUGAUGGAGUCUGAGCUGAAGUUUGACCAGGACGGAGACGGCCUGAUAGAGAACUCUGGAUAUGCCGAUCAGACGUAUGAUGGUUGGGCUGUUACUGGACCAAGUGCAUAUUGUGGCGGACUGUGGCUGGCUUCCUUAUGUGUGAUGUGUAAAAUGGCCAGACUGCUGGACAAUGAAGAGGAACACCGACGUUAUAAGGACCUGCUGGACAGGGGCAGUGCUGCUUUUGAUAAACUGUUAUGGAACGGGAAAUACUAUAACUAUGAUAGCAGUAAGAGGGAGCUCUCUAACAGCGUCAUGGCUGAUCAAUGUGCCGGGCACUGGUUCCUUAGAGCAUCUGGGCUGGAAGAAGAAGCCUACCAGGCAUUUCCUAAGGAAAAGAUCCAAGGCGCGUUGAAAUCCGUCUUCGAUUUGAAUGUUAUGAGCUUCUCUGAAGGCCACAUGGGUGCGGUUAACGGCAUGCGCCCUGAGGGAGUGCCAGACCGCUCCAGUGUCCAAUCAGAUGAGGUCUGGAUCGGAGUUGUGUACGGGCUGGCAGCGACUAUGAUCCAUGAGGGUAUGUUUGAAGAAGGCAUGCGCACUGCAGAGGGAUGCUACCGGACGGUGUGGGAGAGACUCGGCAUGGCCUUUCAGACUCCUGAAGCCUACUGCGAGAAGAACAUCUACCGCUCUCUGGCCUACAUGAGGCCUCUUAGUGUUUGGGCCAUGCAGCUCGCUUAUAACACGACCCCAAGGGAAAACACCAGUCUGCCUAAAGCCGAACCUUGA